ACAAUAAGAUGUUUUUUUAAAUGCCUGCUAAUCAUCUGGAUUUCGGAGCAUGAUUAAAAACGGGAAACGUGCCUGACUGCUGCAGAGAGGCCUUGGAAAUGAUUCCUUGAAACCACUAGGAUGCCUGGCUGUUUUAAAAAGACUUUAUGUGCCUUGGCUUCUCUAAUAAGUUUUGUGUCUUUUAUCUUGAUUGUUGUUGCAAUGGGGACCCCAAAGUGGAUGACUGGAAAGAUCCUUUGCAAAACAGGAGCUGACUUAGUCAAUGCCACAGACCCAGAGCUGGUCAAGUUCAUGGGAGAAAUUUACUAUGGACUCUUCCGGGGCGGCAAAAUACGCCAAUGUGGGCUGGGUGGGCGACGUUCCAGAUUCACAAUUUUCCCACACAUGGUGAAAAAGCUGAAUACAGGCCUGCACGUGAUGAUUAUAAUGUUCCUCUGUGUGGCCAUUUUCUUUUCUCUGGUCAGUUUUGGAUUCUGCAUUCUUAACGCAAUAAAAGUUCCUUACCGAGCUAUUAAAGGUCCAGCAGGAAUAUGCCUUUGGAACUUCCUUGCAGGAGGAUUUGUUGUACUUGCAGUCACCAGCUUCAUGGCUGCUGUGAAAUUUCAUCACCUCACAGAAAGAAUUGCCAAUUUUCGGGAAAAUGUCUUUCAAUUUGUUAUCUUAGAAGAACGGUUUGAAGACUGUUUUUGGCUUUGUGUGGCAAGUGCCACAGCACAUGCAGUAAAUUUGCUGCUAAUAGCCAUUAGUGGGAUUAAUAUCCCUAAAAUUAAGACUAAAACAGAAGAAGCAAAUGUUACAGCAGAAGAUAUAAUGUACUAAAAAAUCUACACAGAAGUACCUUGGUCAAGUGAACUGUCAUGAUAGAAACAGCUUCUUGGCUCUUCAGCUUUUGAUUUCAAUAGACAAUUUUGCUUUAAACCUGAGUAAAGAUGUCACUUGUGAAAA